AUGGCGAUCCUGACUUUCACACUCAAUCCAGAUGCUUUGGGGAGAUUCCAUGAUGCACUCGUUUGUCUUGGGAAAUUCAGCGAAACAGUAUCUAUCGAAGCUACUCAUAGUAGGCUUAUCUUGACAACGCUCAAUUCAACAAAGUCCGCUUAUGCUUCCUUUACGUUGGUGGGAAAUAAGUUCUUCUCUAAGUAUCAAUAUACGCCACUGCGUAGUGGUCGCAAAACACCGGAAAAGUUUAGCUGCAAAAUUUACAACAAAGCUCUACUCGCGGUUUUCAAGGGUCGCAUCGGAGGUGAUGCUUUCAAGGAAAAGGAUACUGCCAUAGAAAAGUGUGAUGUUUCGAUUGAGGAUGGAGAUGGGGCAACAAAAAGUCGUUUUAUCGUGAAGAUUCUAUGCAGACAUGGGGUCUUGAAGAUUUACCGACUGAACUUUGAAGCUAUUCCUCCCCUGCAUGCUUUAUUUUCGAGUGAAGCAGCUAACAAUAGCUGGUCAAUCUCUUCCAGAACCCUGCGCGAGUUUGCAGAGCAUUUUGGACCAGGCACUGAACAACUCGAUAUUUUCUCAGUUGAUGGACGCGUGAGCCUCACCAGUUUCACAGAAAAGAUUAUGUCCGGGAAUGAAGUUCUGAAGCAGCCUUUGCGCACCACAAUAGCCGUGGAAACUUUGGAGUUCGUCGAGUUCACUGUCGAAGAGCAGCUGCACAUUGUCAUCAGCGUCAAAGACUUUAAAUCAAUUAUUGCGCAUGCCGGGAUAACCAACACGAAUAUCAGAGCUCUAUACUCUAACCCUUCUAGUCCAAUGCAGCUUACCUAUAGUGAGGGCGGAAUGCAGUGUGAAUUUAUCAUUAUGACAACCGGUGAAGCGAGGGCGGCGUCGGCAACGCCAGCUACAAACGGAAGUCGAGCAGUUUCAAAGAAACCGGCUUUAAGGCAGCCUCUAGAAGCCGCAUCGAGUCUGAAGAGAACUAGAUCAGGCUCCGAGAUGGCUGCACCGGUUGGUCCAAAUCCAAGUCUAGUUCGGGAAAACACACGGAGAAAGGUCUCUAGACCUUCGCCACCACCCCCACAACCUAGCAUCCAAUCACAAGCGCUAUUCAUGCCGGCGAACGAUGACGAUCGUAGAUGGGACCCUGUUGAUUAUGAGGAUGAGGACAACGAAAUGUUAUUGUGGGAUGUAACUGUGGACGAACCGUCAGCUGGUGACCCAAGUCGUAGAUUGCAAGAGACUCAAAAUAAGAGUAAUCCCGAAGACUCAAUUCCGCCCAACGAAAAGUACAUGACUGUGCCGACACAACGAGUGGCGCCAACUCAACGACUAUCACAACUUCGCGGCUUAUUUGACGAGUGA